GUAAACGUUAGCCCUAACUAUUGGUGAAACUGCGACUGUUGGAUUUGCUCAAUCUGUCCCCACUGUAUACCGGCAGUACUGCGACCACCACGACAGGAGCUGGAAAACAUGGCGCGCCUGGUUGCGGUUUGCAGGGACGGGGAAGAGGACUUCCCUUUCCUCGCAAGACAGAUUCCCCUGUACAUCGAUGACACUCUCACGGUAAGAAAGUGCAGUGUUUCCGUCUCGGCACACGGUGCUGUAGUUUGAAGGCUUUGCAAUCAGUCACUCUUCUGAAAGAAGCUAUCUAUGUCGAGCAAGAAACUCAGGUCAAAUGCCUUGACGUUAGUUGCGAGCGAGAGGACUACUGUUACUAGGCCUCUCCAACAACUAGCGUUAGCUAGCUAGCCCGAUUCUCCAACCGGCUUUCCAGUCAGCAAUAUUGUUUGCUAGCUAGCUAUUUUGGCAUACCGAACGGUCAUGAAUUUAAUGAUUCCCUGAUGUAUGUUAUGUAAUGUAUUUUUGAAUUAUGUUUCCAGCUAACCGGCAAGCUAAUCACGACUGCAAACUGUUAAUUGUAUGCGGUUGCUAGUUAGCUGGGUGGGUGGCUUGCCUAAAUGGUUAUCAUUUGAGCAGUGGUAGUAUAUUAGAUACUGAGCAUGGACAUAUGUUGGCUAUGCAGGAACUGUAUGGACAGGUUAAUGUUGGAAGAGCAUUCAUUUAGUGGACAGCUUUACUUGCGCUACUUUACAUAGCUGGUGUAGCAUCCCCCAGUCAUGUGCUGAUGACACUUUCACUAUGAAUAUAUGUCCCUUUUUUAAAUUUGUUAUUACAGAUGGUGAUGGAGUUUACUGACAGUGUCAUGAACCUUGACACUCACCAGAUCAACAGCUCUCAGAUGAAGCAGUUUGUUGAGGUGAGUGAGUGCUGUGACAGUUAGAAGAUUUGAGUGUACCUUUCAAACAUGGCUUGAUAAUGUUUACCUUAAGACUGGUUGUCUUACUUUGCUCAAGGAUUAGGCUUUUAUUUCUUCACCACUUAGCUACUACACACAGUACUAAGACAGUACUAAGUCAAGUGGUGUCUAACUCGUGUGUGCCUGCCUGCCUCUGCCUCCCCUCAGCAUCACAGCAUGCUGAAGCAGCAGGACCUGAACAUCGCCAUGAUGGUAACUUCCAGGGAGGUGUUCAGCGCCUUGGCCCAGCUGGUGCCGUGUGUGGGCUGCAGGCGGAGUGUGGAGCGCCUUUUCUCCCAGCUGGUGGAGUCCGGGAACCCGGCCCUGGAGCCCCUCACUGUGAAGCCCACCGGCGUGCUGUCUGUCACCAAGGCCUGCAUGGCCGACGCAAAGAUGCUCUACACCCUCUUUUACGUCCACGGGUGAGUGAGAGACCUGUCACAAGACUCAUACUCCUGUAACCAUCAUACUUUAUUGGCCUGUCAGACUGCUUCUCGUGAAGCCUACAUUUUAUUGACCUGUCUCCAGACCGACUCUUUUAUCUGUACUUUAUUGGCCAAUUUGCCUAAGAAACAAUCUCUCAAAACGGUGCCCUCGAUUGACAGAAUAAAUAUUACAUGCAAUUUCUCGCAUCCCUGUCAGAAUCAGCUGUGUUUGUGUGUUGGAAGAUGUUUUUUGUUUAGCAUAUGUAAAUACUGAAACAAUUUGACCACUAUGUUUUUAUGGUAAACUAUUAGCAUAAAUAAUGUGUCAGACUGGAAGAUAAAAUAAUGUUGUUGUUUUGUUUUUGUAGGUCAAAGUUAAAUGACACGAUCAAUGCCAUUCCAAAAAGCAAAAAGAAUAAACGCUGCCAGUUGCACUCCUUAGACACACACAAACCUAAGCCUUUGGGGUGAGUCACAUUUACCACCGCUAUUUAUUAUCUAUUAAACUGCUUGUGUUGGACUUGUGACGUCAUGAAUGAUGAUACAAUUCUAGAAAAAAAAAAAGUUGUAAAGCCUCUUCUCUCAGAUCUUGUAAAUGAAAUGUAGGCUGAACGUCCACAUUUUGGUCACACCAGGGCCAGACUAGGCCAUUUCAAGCUACAGUAAUAGUCAUUUGUGAUGUGCAGUAUUGUAGUGUCUUUGAGAUAUCUCUGAAUCUUUAGAGGAGAAGGGAGCGUAGACAAAAUGCUAGGUUUAGAGAACAACAAAGAUGGAGGAGCCAAGACAGACAGCAGAUGUAGCGUCGUUUUUCCCUUUGGACGCUGUCCGGCCCCCAGCAGGUAGGCAGCAAAGCAAACACUGCUUGUUCAUUCAGAGUGUUUCUAACUGACAUUUCUUGAUGCUAGUUAGUUAUCGCCAGUCUGAAGUAGUUGAGUUCAUUGUCAGCAUCUUGUAUUAUGUUGUGUACAUGUACAUCUGUGAAGAUCUACGCUUUUUUCAAAAGUAAAAUACUUUUGAGUUAAAGCUAAUUUUUAAUUGGCACGCAUGACCUUUUCGUCACCUCUAUUGUGAAGCUGACUUGAUAGGUUUAUUGAUUGAAAUAAUGCAUUGAUUGAAUCGUGCAUGAUGUCAACAAUGGGGGGUUUUGCUGCUCACAGGGGAAGCUGGAUGGAUGUGUGGGAGCUCAUGUCUCAGGAGUGCAGGGACGAGGUCGUCCUGAUCGACAGCGCCUGCCUCCUGGAGACCCUGGAAACAUACUUGCGCAAGCACAGGUAAGUCAUGGUAUUAAGUAAUAUAGUCUGUUUACAUCCAAUGGGCUUUAUUUUAUUUUCGCAUAAGACUGCUUGGGAAAUUGUACUAAUGUUUUAAUCUUCCCUUCUCUUCCUUUCAGGUUCUGUACUGACUGCAAGAACAAGGUACUGAGAGCGUACAACAUCCUUGUAGGGGAGCUGGACUGCACUAAAGAGAAGGGCUACUGCGCUGCCUUGUACGAGGGGCUUCGCUGCUGUCCCCACGAGCGCCACGUCCACGUCUGCUGUGAGACUGACUUCAUGGCACAUCUCCUGGGCCGGGCCGAGCCCGAGUUCUCCGGAGGUUACGAGUAUGUAAACUGCUGCCUUUUUCCUUUGUUCUAAACACAUGUAGUAACCUACAGUGCUGGCAAAAUACAUUGGCACCGUAUAAACUGUUCUUAAAUAAUUCUGUAUUUCUUCUGAAAUAAGUUGCAAUUAAAAAAUAAUUUGGUCUCCACACAUUAGUGGAUUUUCAACAUUGCAGAACCAAUUUUAUUUUUGUUCAGUUUACAAAUGGCCUGGACCACCUUCUACUUUUCAGCAGCAAACUGCUCUAUUGCUUCAAUGUUUGAGGGGUGCCCUCCAUCAACUGCUGUGUUCAGCUCUUGCCAUAGGUUUUGGAUGGGAUUCAGCCACUCAAGAACAGUCCAGCGUUCCUUCUUGAACCAUUCCAGGGUGCCUUUGAUGUGCGUUUGGGGUUGUUGUCCUGCUGGAAGACCCACAAUCUUCAACAGAGAGACAGUCGUUUUUGGACACUGGGUUGAAAAUUGCCCUCCAAAACACCUUGAUAAUCAGCAGAGUUCAUGUCUUGCAUUAUCGAUCCUCCCCCGUGUUGUCCUCUGUAGCUCAAUUGGUAGAGCAUGGCGCUUGUAACGCCGGGGUAGUGGGUUCGAUCCCCGGGACCACCCAUACAUAAAAAAAAUGUAUGCACGCAUGCCUGUAAGUCGCUUUGGAUAAAAGCGUCUGCUAAAAUGGCAUAUUAUUAUUUUUAUGUUUGAUUGUAGGGAGAGUGUUCUAUUUUUAAUGGUUUACUUGGCCUUUGGUAAAACAUAGAAAGACCUCACUGCUGAAGGAGACACAAGAAAGCCAGAUUGAACUUCUGUAAAACCUAAACUAACUUAAAUCCCGGGGGGGGAAUGUUUUGUGGACUAAUAAAACAAAAUUGGAGCUCUUUGGCAAUAAAGAUCAGUGCUAUGUUUACUGACGACCAAAUUUAAGCAUGAAAUGAAAACACCCUCCCUACAGUCAAAGAUGGGGGAGGUUUGAUAAUGCUGUGGGGUUGCUUUGCUGUCUCUGGUACUGGGGGGCCUCGAACGUGCCCAAGGAAUCAUGACAUCAGCAGGUGGUUUGGAGUCCAACGUUCCAACACGGUGUCUGAAAACUGGGUGUCCAUUGAAGGCCCCAAACACACAUCAAAAAAAGCACCCAGGAACAGUUCAAGAAGAGAUGCUGGACUAUUCUGGAGAGGCCAGCGAAGAGUCCAGAUCUGAAUCACAUCCAAAACCAGCGAGCGCAGAAAACAGCAGUUGGACUUCCUAACGGGCCGCCCCCAGGUGGUAAGGGUAGGUAACAACACAUCUGCCACGCUGAUCCUCAACACGGGGGCCCCUCAGGGGUGCGUGCUCAGUCCCCUCCUGUACUCCCUGUUCACCCAUGACUGCAUGGCCAGGCACGACUCCAACACCAUUAGGUUUGCAGACGACGUAACAGUGGUAGGCCUGAUCACAGACAACGACGAGACAGCCUAUAGGGAGGAGGUCAGAGACCUGGCCGUGUGGUGCCAGGAUAACCUCUCCCUCAACGUGACCAAGACAAAGGAGAUGAUUGUGGACUAGAGGAAAAAGAGGACUGAGCACGCCCCCAUUCUCAUCGACGGGGCUGUAGUGGAACAGGUUGAGAGCUUCAAGUUCCUUGGUGUCCACAUCACCAACAAACUAUCAUGGUCCAAACACACCAAGACAGUGGAAGAGGGCACGACAAGAUUUGCCAUGGGUCCUCAGAUCCUCAGUUCUACAGCUGCACCAUCGAGAGCAUCCUGACUGGUUGCAUCUGCUCAGCCUCCCCUGUGGGAAACGAACCCACAUCCCUUAUGGCCAAACCCUCCCCUCCCAUGGGUCUCCCGGUCGCGGCCAGGAUCUCUAGAGGCACAGCUAGCACUGUGAUGCAGUGCCUUAGACUACUGCGCCACUCGGGAGCUAUGCAUAGUCACUUUAUCCUGCUGCUCUUAAUUAUUUUUUAUCUUAACUGCAUUGUUGGUUAAGGGCUUGUCAGGAAGCAUUUCACUGUAAGGACUACACCUGUUAUAUUUGGCGCAUGUGACAAAUAAAAUUGGAUUUGAUUUGGUGGAGGGCACCCCUCCAACAUUGAAGAAUUAGAGCAGUUUGCUGCUGAAAAGUGGGCAGGACUUCCAGUAGACGGUGCUGCAAGCUCAUUGAUGGCUACAAGAAGCGUUUGUCUGCGGUUGUCUUGGACAAAGGCUGUGCAACCAAGCACUAUCCCCAGGGCAGUGAUGUAGUCACGUCACUACACCCCGAGGUCUGGUCCCUAGUGUCCAAGUCUGAAUCCUUUAUACUCAGGUCACCAUCCCUUGGUAGUGCUAAAAGUAGCUGUCCAAUCAUUUUUUUAUGCAACAUUUCAUUACACUAACCAGGUUUCCAUCCAACAUUUCUAAGGGAGUAAAGUACGUGGGAUAAAAAAAUGUCACGACAGGCCUGAUGGAAACCGCAAAUUUGUCGGUGAACUUUCCAAAUGUCGACAAAACUAAAUACUCUAUACAAGGUGGGAUCUUUUUGUGUCAAUUGGAUGGAAACCGAUCUGCUGUUGCACAUUUUUUUAAGGCUAAAUAGAUGAAACGGCUAUCUAACACUUGCUGUUGUGGCUAGUAUGUUAAAUAAUACAAAAUAUAUUUUCUGACAGUCACAACUGGUCAAGUCCCAGGCUGAGCCACUAGUGGUCCCCAGGCUGAGCCACUAGUGGUCCCCAGGCUGAGCCACUAGUGGUCCCCAGGCUGAGCCACUAGUGGUCCCCAGGCUGAGCCACUAGUGGUCCCCAGGCUGAGCCACUAGUGGUCCCCAGGCUGAGCCGCUAGUGGUCCCCAGGCUGAGCCGCUAGUGGUCCCCAGGCUGAGCCGCUAGUGGUCCCCAGGCUGAGCCGCUAGUGGUCCCCAGGCUGAGCCGCUAGUGGUCCCCAGGCUGAGCCGCUAGUGGUCCCCAGGCUGAGCCGCUAGUGGUCCCCAGGCUGAGCCGCUAGUGGUCCCCAGGCUGAGCCGCUAGUGGUCCCCAGGCUGAGCCGCUAGUGGUCCCCAGGCUGAGCCACUAGUGGUCCCCAGGCUGAGCCACUAGUGGUCCCCAGGCUGAGCCACUAGUGGUCCCCAGGCUGAGCCACUAGUGGUCCCCAGGCUGAGCCACUAGUGGUCCCCAGGCUGAGCCAAGGGUGCCAAUAAUUUUGUCCAUGCGAUUUCUUUAUUUUCUAAAUUUUUAAAUUGUAAACUUCAGUUUACAAAAAUAAAAUUAGUUCUGCAAUGUUUAAAAUCCAAUAACAUGGUGUUACAUUUCGUGUUAUUUUACAAGAAAUUGGGAAAUAAGGAAAGUGCAAGAGUGCCAAUAUAUUUGUCCGGCACUGUAGUAGUAAAGUAUGAUCCAGUCACUCCACUUAGUUGCAGUUCUUCCACUACCUUUUUGUUUGCUGGUUAAAGACCAUCAUAUAGAAGUAACAUGCAAAUUCUCACAACUCUCUUGCCCUCUCUCGUUAGACGCAGAGAGCGGCAUGCCAAGACCAUUGACAUUGCACAAGAGGAGGUGCUGACCUGCCUGGGCAUCCACCUGUACGAGCGGCUGCACAGAAUCUGGCAGAAACUGAGGGCGGAGGAGCAAACCUGGCAGAUGCUCUUCUACCUUGGCAUCGACGCUUUACGCAAAAGCUUUGAGGUUUGUUUGUUUGCACAAUGCCUGCCAGCAUUAGGCCACCAAUAACACGCUGAUGUGACACGGACAGGUUUGUUGAUGGAAGUGAUGUAUGUAGAGCGCUUUCCCAUCCAACACAAGUCUAUGUUUACAAUGUGGUGACAUUGUCACAGUGUAUGUAUUGACUCAUUUGACAUACUUUUUAUAUCAUGUUUUAUUUAGCCAGGUAAGUCAUUUGAGAACUCGUCUUUUUAUAAUAACGACUUGGUAACACCCAUUUCCCCCAGACGGCUGUGGAGAAGGUGCAGGGCAUCAGUCGUCUGGAGCAGCUGUGUGAGGAGCUGUCGGAGGAGGAGAGGGCCAAGGAGCUGAAGCAGGAGAAGAAGAGACAGAAGAAGAAGAACCGACGCAAAAACAAGUGCAGCUUCGACGUGUCUGUGCAGGAGGCCGAGGGCAAGGACAAGAGCCUGGAUGAGGUAACCACACACAAAACACGGAGCACUGAGGCAGCAUGACAACAAGGAAAUACAUUUUAGUCAUUUAGCAGACGCUCUUAUCCAGAGCGACUUACAGGAGCAAUUAUCCAGAGCGACUCAAGGGCACAUCGACAGAUUUUUCACCUAGUCGGCUCGGGGAUUAGAACCAGCGACCUUUCGGUUACUGGCACAACGCUCUUAACCACUAAGCUACCUGCCGCCCUGGAGACUGUUAUAGGAAACUGUCCUUGCACGCCAUCGGCAUACUUAUUCCACAUUAUCUGGUUAACCUCAUCCAGGCCAACCAUGUUAUUGACUGAUUUAAUAAUGCAUUCUGUUUGUGACCUUGUUGUUGUUCACACACUGUGUUUGUCACAUUAAGACAUUCAAAAUGCCAUCAGUAGGUUUUAAAUGGCAAAUAUAGCUAUCAAAUGUCCAGACAGACUCUCCCUGCCUAUAACACUGCCUUCCCUUUCUGUGGUCGAGGCCAUUUAGCGAUAUGUUACUCUAAUGCUGUCCUGUCAUUCUGUUAUCCCCCCCACACAGGGUUCAUUAGAGUCUGUGGAGAGUGGUGGUGGCUGCAAGGCCUGUGGAAGCCGAGAGGGGGAGGGGGGGCAUGUCGGCUGUGUGGAGGUCGUCGUCACCAGCAACGAGAGCCCUACUUCCUGCAGCUGCCCAGACGGCAACGUGCCCAUCCUGGGCUCUCCCAAAGUCAAGAAAGGUAAUGCUGCCACCACCAUCCAACCAUCACUCAAGACCAGACACCUGACCCUUGGUAAGAUCAAUCUUACCCAAUGAUGGCCAUAUUUCUGAAAUGUAUUUAUUUGAUGAAGGGAACAUGUACAAUUUUAAACGUAAAUCUCAAUAGGAAAUGUGAUGUAUUAUAUCAUAGCUAGACAGCUAAUUGCCCCGUGUAGCUCAGUUGGUAGAGCAUGGCGCUUGCAACGCCAGGGUUGUGGGUUCGUUUCCCACGGGGGGCAAGUAUGGAGAAAAAAAAAUAUGUAUGCACUCACUAACUAAGUCGCUCUGGAUAAGAGCAUCUGCUAAAUGACUAAAAUGUAAAUGUCAUCUUCAGUCCCCGUUGAUGAAUCAACAGGCUGAGCUCUUUGUGUAUAUGUUUCAGUGUUUUCACUCUAUUCAGACGGAUAGAAUGAAAGGAGACGUAGCGAGGGAGAAUAUCGGUGGGGUCGGGAGAAUAUCGGUGGGGUCGGGAGAAUAUCGGUGGGGUCGGCAGAAUAUCGGUGGGGUCGGCAGAAUAUCGGUGGGGUCGGCAGAAUAUCGGUGGGGUCGGCAGAAUAUCGGUGGGGUCGGCAGAAUAUCGGUGGGGUCGGCAGAAUAUCGGUGGGGUCGGGAGAAUAUCGGUGGGGUCGGGAUGUGUACCCAUACUGACUGUGAUGGUGUAUAUUAGGGCUGGCCGAUUUUUGACCAUGUUCGACAGCCAUCGUCGACGGUGACGACGUCGUGACGUCACAAGUUAUGUUUUAGCAUAUUUGAACUUUUACUGCACCGCUGGAGUCUGGCAGGGCACACCAACGCACAGGGCGACAUGCCAACUGGCCGGAAAUGUUCAACACAUACAGUCAUAGCUAGUUAGACUAUUAGCAUAAUGCUGAUCAUUGGCCUUUUUUAUUGCGGACACGCCGUUGUCUGGCUUAUUGUUUUCUCAUCUUCCUUUUUCUCCCCAAUCCCCGUUUUUGAUUUGAAUGCGUCUUGUUGGCCUCGGCAUAGCCUACUUUUUCCCACGAUCAACCAUCGAAAUGAAUCUCGAGGUCUAACUGGAGUUCUGUCUCAGAACAUAGUAAUAAUGAGAGAGACUAAUGGAAUUAGGUAGUUGGAAAUAGCCUGAAACGUUACUGCUCUACUUGACCAAAGUGUAGGCAAAAAUAAAUUGUGCCGUCAGGAAAAUCCUUCCUGGCAAAACCUACAGCCAAUAAUAGCAUAUAGGCCUACACAUAGCCUACUGUCAAAAGUUGCAGUAGGCUAAACGUUACUUUGACAAAUUAAACGUAUAAAUUUAUAUUUAUAAUAUUUACGAAGCGUUUAUUAAUGUCCUUUUUAAUUGCACAAUGAGCAAUAGGACAUAUAAGCUCCCGUAGAAGCACUUUCAAUAAUCGGAAACACAAAAUUAAUGAAUGAUGAGUUGUAGUUGUCUCACAAACAACUUUUUAAUAGCUUACAAAUUGUGCAUUUACACGGAACAAAAAUACAAACGCAACAAUUUCAAAGAUUUAACUGAGUUACAGUUUUAUAAGGGAAUCAGUUAAUUUAAAUAAAUUAGGCCCUAAUUUGAUGGAUUUGACAUGACUGAGAAUACAGAUAUGCAUCUGUUCUUCAGAUACCUAAAAAAAAAUACAAAUAAUAAUCAUGCUGAAACGUGAAGUGAUGGCGGCGGAUGAAUGGCAUCACAACGGGCCUCAGGAUCUCCUCACGGUAUCUCUGUGCAUUCAAAUUCCCAUCGAUAAAAUGCAAUUGUGUUCGUUGUCCGUAGCUUAUGCCUGUCCAUAACCCCACCGCCACCAUGGGGCACUCUGUUCACAACGUUGACAUCAGCAAACCGCUAUCCCAUAUGACAAAUAGGCCUAUUAUCAAGGCUAUGCCUUUUGCCUAUCAGAUAAAACAAAUGAUUAUUAAUAACAUUCUUUGACACUCUUUUCACACCUAAAAAAAGCAAUGAACAUUGGCUUAGGCUAAAAACUAAUAGCCUAAGCUUAUUAGGAUAUGCCUUUUGCAUAUCGAACUGUACAAAUCCUAAAUAUAGGCGUACAAGUUACAAAAUAAAUAAAGCAGCCUAAACAAAAUAAGUACGAAAAUAACCUAAAUUAAUACAAAAACAGUGCAAAUAAGUCUUAAGGUUUGACAGAAUAUUUUCGCUUAUGCUAGGGUCUGUGUCUCUCUCUCUCUCUGUGCUCGGGUCUGUCUCUCUCUCUCUCUCUCUGUGCUCGGGUCUGUGUCUCUCUCUCUCUCUCUGUGCUCGGGUCUGUGUCUCUCUCUCUCUCUCUCUGUGCUCGGGUCUGUGUCCUCUCUCCUCUCUCUGUGCUCGGGUCUGUGGUCUCUCUCUCUCUUCGUGCUUCGGGGUCUGUGGGCUCUCUACUCUCUGUGCUCGGGGUCUGUGCUCGGGUUGUGUCUUCUCUCUACGUCGCUCGGGUCUGUGCUCGGGUCCUGUGCCCUCUCUCUCUCUGUGCUCGGGUCUGUGUCCUCUCUCUCUCUGUGCUGCCGGGUUUUUUUUUUUUUCUCGUGCUCGGGUCUGGGUCUCCUCUCUCCCUGUGCUCGGGUCUUGUGGUCCUCUCUCCUCUCUCUCUGUGCUCGGGUCUGUGUCUCUCUCUCUCUCUCUGUGCUCGGGUCUGUGUCUCUCUCUCUCUCUCUCUGUGCUCGGGUCUGUGUCUCUCUCUCUCUCUGUGCUCGGGUCUGUGUGUGUCUCUCUCUCUCUCUCUCUCUCUGUGCUCGGGUCUGUGUCUCUCUCUCUCUCUAUGCUAGGGUCUGCCUCUAUGCCUUCAGGGUGUAUUUCCAAUAAGAUGAAUCUGGAUUUGAAUAUAGGCUACAUCAAGACAAAUAAAAGGGCAAUGAGGAACCAUUAGGUCUAGUUGAUUUACCAUGUCUGGAAGGGACCACCAGAAUGUUCACCUUUUCUCCCCCAGAGUAGUGAAUUGAGCAGGACGAUGGACUUGUAAAUGUUGACUGAGGUUUGUAGUCUGUCCCUCCUUUUCCCUGAAUCUUUUUGCGUACGCUGCAAGUGACUUCGGUCAGGUCUGCUGCUGUUCCCACAUCUUUAUUAGAAUGAUAUUAUUCACCAAAUCACAGUUCUGGUAUAACCAAUGUGUACUUUAUAUUGUGUUUUUCCUGCCAAUUGACCCCUACGUGCACAACUAUGCCUGGAUAGGACGAUGUGUCAUUCCAGACAUCGCCCAACCCGUGUGUGUGUGUGUGUGUGUGUGUGUGUGUGUGUGUACAUAUGUCCAACAGUAUGUGGACACCUGCUCAUCGAACAUCUCAUUCCAAAAUCAUGGGCAUUAAUAUGGAGUUGGUCCCCCCUUUGCUGCUGUAACAGCCUCCACUCUUCUGGGAAUGCUUUCCACUAGAUGUUGGAACAUUGCUGCGGGGGACUUGCUUCCAUUCAGCCACAAGCAUUAGUGAGGUUGGGCACUGAUGUUGGGCGAUUAGGCCUGGCUCGCAGUCGGCGUUCCAAUUCAUCCCAAAGGUGUUCGAUGGGGUUGAUGUUGGGGCUCUGUACAGGCCAGUGAAGUUUUUUUCCAUACCGAUCUCGACAAAACAUUUCUGUAUGGACCUCGCUUUGUGCACGGGGGCAUUGUCAUGUUGAAACAGGAAAGGGCCUUCCCCAAACUGUUGCCACAAAGUUGGAAGCACAGAAUCCUCUAGAAUGUCAUUGUAUGCUGUAGCGUUAAUAUUUCCCUUCACUGGAACUAAGGCGCCUAGCCCGACUCCAUUAAAAACAGCCCCAGACCAUUAUUCCUCCACCAAACUUUACAGUUGGCACUAUGCAUUCAGGCAGGUAGCGUUAUCCUGGCAUCCGCCUUACCCAGAUUUGUCCGUCGGACUGCCAGAUGGUGAAGCGUGAUUCAUCACUCAAGAGAAUGCGUUUCCACUGCUCCAGAGUCCAAUGGCAGCGAGCUUUACACCACUCCAGCCGACGCUUGGCAUUGCGCAUGGUGAUCUUAGGUUUGUGUGCGGCUGCUCGGCCAUGGAAACCCAUUUCAUGAAGCUCCCGACUAACAGUUAUUUUCCGGACGUUGCUUCCAGAGGCAGUUUGGAGCUCUGUAGUGAGUGUUGCAACCGAGGACAGACGAUUUUUAAGCACUACGCGCUUCAGCACUCGGCGGUCCCGUUCUGUGAGCUUGUGUGGCCUACCACUUCGCGGCUGAGCCGUUAUUGCUCCUAGACGUUUCCACUUCACAACAACAGCCAUUACAGUUGACCGGGGCAGCUCUAGCAGGGCAGAAAUAUGACAAACUGACUUGUUGGAAAGGUGGCAUACUAUGACGGUGCCACGUUGAAAGUCACUGAACUCUUCAGUAAUGCCAUUCUACUGCCAAUGUUUGUCUAUGGAGAUUGCAUGGCUGUGUGCUCAAUUUUAUACACUUGUCAGCAAGGUUUUUUUUUUUUUUUUCCCUUCUCCAGGUCUGUCACCUCACAGCAAUGGGAGUGACUGUGGCUACUCUUCUAGCAUGGAAGGCAGCGAGCCUGGUUCACAGGAAGGCUCUGACGUCGCCUGCGCUGAGGGAAUCUGCAACCACGACGAAGCAGGUUGGUCCAUUUUCAGUUAAUGGUCCAAAAAUAGUAGUGGCUAGGUGUGUAAAUUUGAAAUUGGGAUUCUUAAUGUUAAGAAAAAUCCCUACCUGAAAAAUGUUUAAUUUUUAUUUUUCCCCCACAAAAUUUAAAAUCAUAGUGCAGUUAUUACAAAACAUUAUUUUCUGUCUUAUGGCCUAACUAGACGAUAUGCUAUAGAGGCCUGGGGUAAGUUGUGUAAUUUAAAUAAAACCAGAGUAAGAGGUGAACUUUAGGCAACUUUGGUGAAUUUGCGAGGCCUGCAAGACGACGACAUUGCCUGCUCUUGCUCUUUGCUAAUGAUGCCAGUGUAUGUUCAGUCUUUGGUCUGUUGCUUCUAGAAUAUCCUAGCCUAUUCAUUGAUGAUAGCCUCUGCUUUACUGAAGUUAUCAGACAUGGCAAGCCAAGAAAUUGCGAGAUGCAGCAUUCCAUUGCGAGAUACAGCUUUCCCUCGCUAUUCACGUGAAAUUUUAUGAAUUUUUCAUAUAUUUUCAAUGAAAAAAAUGCAGUUAAAACCUUUACGAUUUUUUUCCCCCAUUUGUUCCAUCCCUAGUAGUGUUGCUGUCAUUGUCAUUUUGUGGAAGGCUCUAAAUGUGGCGUACCUGUCAUCUCCUUGUCUUCUUGUCAUCUGAAGGAGACUACUUGUGUGGUCAUCACUGUGCUGAAGACAAGGAGGACGGCGGGGUGGACAGCUGUGUGGAGUGCUGGGCCAACUCAAAAGAAAACACGAAGAAGAAGAAGAAGACUAGGAAGAACAAGGGCUUGUUGUCUUACCAUCAGGUGAGAUGAGAAUGUCGUAGAUGUGAUUUAGCAGAAAUUCCUGCUUUUAGUACAUCAUUUUCCAUUCAUAUAGCCUAUAAUUGAAAUGGACCUUUCCCAUAGCCAGAUUUUCCUGAUGAUAUGUUAGCCUAGUCAGAGGUGUGAUCAGGACAUGUCAUUCGUUGCUUCUCAGGUGGAAACUAUUAAACAAAACGUAAACUUUUUCUCUUUUUUUUUUCUUCUUUUUUUUUCUCCACAGGGUCCAAAUGCAGAGGGUUGUGUUGUGGAAGAGAACAGGAGAGCGCAAAACACUGCUGCAACGUCACCGGUGUGCAGAACCAAAGAGACGUGUGCCCAGUUGUGCCUCGACACCUGUUCUAGCAUUGCACUGCCAUGGGGAGAACAUCGGAAGAACAUGAGCUAUUGUCUGGAGGCAAAUAUCUGUGGUCAGGAGGAUACCAAUGCCAAGAGUCUUAUGGAACUACUGGUCAGUGACAUUUUUUCCAAAAGCUGUGAUGGUCACUUCAGUGUCGAUGUCAUUAUUUGUACUAGUUUUGAGUGGCGCUGUAGGAUGUAAAAUAUUAUUCAACGUGUGUGUGUGUUUGGAAGGUCCAUUGAUCAGCGCUUUUUUUUUGUACUAAAAACAGGACGACUCUGAAGUGACUUCAGAUGAUGAGAACUGCCUCACGCAGGACGAGAUCCAGUCGUUUGUGGACAACAACAAGUCCUUCUACAACAACCGCGACCAGUACCGACAGCACCUGAAAGAUAAAUUCACCAAGUACUGCCGCGGAGGUGGAGAUUGGUUCGCUGCUGCCGCCGCCACCACCAGCGUCAAUUAAUGAAUUAGCUGCUGUUGCACUACUCUGUCGUGAAAUCUUGUUAAUGGGACAACACUCAUGGUGAUUACCAGAUUACCACUGCUCUGCUCGUGCCACCUUUUUUAUAGGGAGAAAGAAUUCAGUAGUACAUUUUGGUGUCUUGUUCAAUGAUUCCUUAUCCC